UAGAGGGUGAUCCUGACCAUCGUUUCGCCUCAUCUUGAAAGCCUGCUCCGGUAGCAACUGGUCCACUAUGGUUGUCCCGACUAUCCUUUCCGCAGCUGCGAGGCGUCAACUGGUGCAUGUUCCCGACUUGUCCAGAUUCGCUGCGAGGACACGGCCAAUUGCCACUACGGGCUCCAUCGCCGCAAGAUGUCUCGUCAGAGGCUACAGACCAGCUGCAAUCACUGCAGGACAGAGGCGGACCAUAUCAAACACCACACGACGACGGUUCGCAUCAGUCGACGACGAUUGGACAGAUCCACUGCAGCAAGAGCGAGAAUCAGAUGAGGUCGACAUAUGCAUCGUCGGUGGCGGACCAGCAGGACUGAGUGCCGCUAUCAAGCUGAAGCAGCUGGCAAAUGAAGCUGGCAAUGAGGACUUCCGUGUGGUGCUGUUGGAGAAGGCGGGCGAGGUUGGCGACCACAUCGUGUCGGGAAACGUACUGGAACCAUCAGCUCUGGAUGAGCUGAUCCCAGACUGGAGGUCAGAGGAUAACCCCAACCGCUUCGAGAACAUCACGCCUGCCACCAAGGAUAAGAUGAGGUUUUUGACCAAGUCGAGUUCCCUCCCCAUGCCUGCGCCCCCGCAAAUGAACAAUCACGGAAACUUCAUUCUCAGUCUGAAUGAGUUGUCCAAGUGGCUUGGAGAGAGAGCCGAAGAGAUGGGAGUGGAAGUGUACGCAGGGUUUGCAGCAUCGGAAGUGCUAUACACAAAGGAAGGAGCUGUCAAAGGAGUGGCCACAAACGAUCUGGGCAUUGGGCGAGAUGGGAAGCCCAAGGACUCUUUCGAGCGGGGCAUGGAGUUUCACGCACGAUGCACACUGCUUGCCGAAGGCUGCCAUGGUAGCUUGACGAAGAAGGUCAUCAAGAAGUAUGACCUUCGAGCGAACAGCGCGCCUCAGACAUAUGGACUCGGCAUCAAGGAGGUAUGGGAAAUCGACCCAGCAAAGUUUGACAAGGGUCUUGUAGCACAUUCAAUGGGAUAUCCCUUAUCAAAGGAUACGUAUGGCGGUGGCUGGAUGUACCAUUUUGGCGAGAACAUGGUCUCCAUUGGUCUCGUGGUAGGCCUCGACUAUCCCAACCCGUGGAUGGCACCCUACCAAGAAUUCCAAAAGAUGAAGCAGCAUCCGUACUACAAACAAUAUCUCGAAGGAGGCAAAUGCAUAUCAUACGGUGCACGAACACUCAACGAAGGAGGCUUCCAGAGCAUUCCCAAGUGUGCUUUCCCUGGAGGUGCUCUCAUUGGUGACACAGCCGGGUUCCUCAAUGUCCCCAAGAUCAAAGGUACCCACACAGCAAUGCGCUCCGGCAUGCUCGCAGCAGAAGCCGCCUAUUCCGCCCUCUCAUCGAGCAAGGACACCGAAGGCGCCGUGUUCCUAUACGACUAUGAAGACAAGCUGCGCAAUAGCUCGAUUUGGAAAGAACUCAAACAAGUACGUAACAUGCGUCCCUCUUUCCAUACUGCCCUCGGUCUAUAUGGCGGAAUCCUCUACUCCGGACUCGAAGCUUUCCUCUUCCGUGGCUACACACCUUGGACACUCAAGCACGGCAAACCCGACCACUUGGCAACCAAGCCCGCAGACCAAUGCUCCAAAAUCGAAUACCCCAAACCCGACGGCAAGAUCUCCUUUGACAUUUUAACUUCCGUCUCUCGAACCGGUACCAAUCACGAGGAAGACCAACCCUGUCACUUGCAAGUCCAAGACUGGGACAAACACGCCGAGAGCCAAUAUCCCAAGUACAAGGGCGUAGAGAAUCGCUUCUGUCCCGCAGGAGUGUAUGAAUAUGUAGAAGAUGAGAGCAAAGACUUGGGUGUGCGAUUCCAAAUUAACGCGCAGAAUUGUGUCCAUUGCAAGACGUGUGAUAUCAAAGUUCCGGCGCAGGAUAUCAAUUGGCAAACACCACAGGGUGGGGAAGGGCCCAAGUAUGUGAUGACAUGAGAAAAAUAGUCCAGAAGAGAGAGAGGAGAGGAGAGGCGAGGCGAGAAUCUCUAUGUAAGGUACCUAGUUAGGGAUGGGUACCUUAUCAUAUUGAUUGUGUUCAUGUAGGUAGCCUACCAUUUAAGUAAGGUACCUUAAGUUCAGACUAUACAGGUAGGAGAUAGUAGGUAUAGAGCUAUAGAGCGGUCAAUCACAUUUGGCGUUCA